CAAGAAUUCAGUUAUAUCAUAUUUUGACCUGAUGUGUUGCUAUAAGUACUUCUACCUAUGAUAGUCAAUAGAUUUUUAACACAGAAUCAAAUGAAACUCGUGUCAUGGUGCUGUUACAUUUCUUAACAUUACAUCUCAGACGUAUCACUUCCUUUUUGAAAGACGGAUGUACACACUGCCAUUUGUUUUCUAAGAUGGCUUUAAGAUGGAUGCUCGUACUCAUUCUUCUUUUAGACAGCACAGUGUCCUGCUCUGAAGACACGCUGUUUGUGCAGACAGGAGGUUCUGUUACACUGGAUAUACAAACACAUGAGCUACCAGAGUUUGAUGAAUUAGUCUGGAUAAAUGAGAAAUCAGAGAAUAUAUUCAAAUAUUUAAAAGCAUCUAAAACAGGAAGACCUCACUCUUCCUACAAGAACAGAGUGGAUUUCAAUAAUGAAACAUUUUCUUUGACAUUGAAGAACAUGCAGAAGACAGACAGUGGGGUCUACGAAGCAAGAGCAAGUGGAGAAUUAACCACAACUGUGGCGAAACACAUAGUAUCUGUUAUGGAUGCCGUGGAAGCCCCUGUCCUAUUUGUAAACAUCUGUAAAUUUACAUGUAAAGGACAUAAUAGUACAAUCAGCUUCACUUACAAUAGCAGCUAUUUUCAAGAGGAAGUGAGAUCAUCUGGAAACUACAAUCUCAGCUUGUAUUGCAGUGGUGACAUUAUCAUCUGUAACCAUAGCAACCCAGUUAGUUGGAAGAAUGAUACAAAGGAAGUUAAUGAAUCCUGCACUUUUAAUAUAGACAAAAGAAGCAGUGGACAGCAUUCUAAGCCUAUCUAUUGGUUGAUUCCCCUUCUUUGCAUAUUGGUUGUUGUGGCAGUGGUCGGCUACCGUUGCUAUACUAAUAAAAAAGAUCCCCAAGAGGGUGAAAGUACAGUUUAUGCAGAAGUUACGGAGGACAACAAGCCACAAAAUCCACCGGAUAUGCGGGAGAAAUCAGAGAAUCCUAAGACUGUGUACGAUACUGCAGGAGCGCAGCCUGAUGUUACUAUGGAAACCAACCUGACCAUGCCCAAUCCUGACUCUAUGAAUCAGAAUGCAGCACUAACACAGAGCAACCCAGACAAACCAGUCACUGUCUACUGUGCCAUUCAAAAGCACCCAAAACCCCUAAUGCCUGAAACUGAUCACACCAUUUAUUCAGUGGUCAGCAAACCCUCAGCCGGCUAUGAAUCGGCACACUAACUGAAUUUAAAUACAUUAAAAGCAUCCUCAUCAGAACAGUAUAUACUAUGGAUGUCGAUAUGGAAAACUACUGUAACUUUCAGUAAUUUAGACUUCCUUAGGAUUUCAAUAAUAAUUGGUCAUGCAGUGUGCUAUUCAUUGUGUGACUUGCACUGACAGGGUGCUUUUUUUGUCUGUCUGUCUGUCUGUCUGUCUAUAUUUCUAUCUAUAUGCCUAUUCUAUUGUUUGAAUAAGUAAGGAAAUUAAUGAAUUUAUUGAAAUUGUACAAUUGCUGCAGGUUUGUGACUCAGAGGAAUGUAAAAUCUAUCACUAUUUCAGUAGAGAUUUCCAUUGCAGAUUCCUCACAACCCUUGUGAUCACUCUUUAAAACCACUUCCUGGAAAGUAUGUGUAUUGGUCUGUAACAGUCAAGUUAAAAAUGACGUUGGGGGUGUCUGUUUGGCAAAAGUUGCAUCCCUUUGAAAUGCAUUUAGACUGUUGGUAUUUAGACCCUCAACCCACCACUCUACAUGGGAUCUAUUUUUCUCGAGUAAAUGCUAUUCUGUUGUACUUUCUCACUUGUAAGUUGCUUUGAAUAAAAUGCAUAAACCUGCACUGUAAAAAAAAUUCUGUAAUUGUAACGGUAAAAGACUGUAAAAAUGCUAGAGAAAUAAAAUGUUAAUUGAUAAACGAAUAUUAACUGUAAAAUACACAGUAACAUUUUUAAAUAGAUUUUAAAAGACAAUAAAGUAGUUUUUAAAAUAAUAUGUUGUUGAAAUAUUUAUUUAUUUAUUUGAUGUAAAAACAAAAUGAUUUUCCUGUAUAAUUAAUGGUAAAAAUGUAUAUUGUUUAACAAGAGAAUACAUGUACUUUAUACAGUAAAAUAUUGUUAAAAUUACAGUAAAAACAAUAAUCGGGCAUUCCCACAGUUCCCUGCAUGACCCAUUAUAUUUCAUUAUAUUUUAUGGGAAUAGUUAUGUUUCUUCUUAUUUUUAAUAUCAGUUAUGUACAUUGGGGUGUUCUGUUUUAUAUUUAAUGUAGUUUAGUUAAUGUUUACUGCAUUAUUUUAAUUUCACAUGUGUUACCCUGAUGGUGUUUAGUGCUUUUGUGAGUGACACUGAGCACUGAGUCUCUGUUUAUUGGUCAUUGCUCCUGGAAGAGACACUAUUGAUUAACCUCAUGUCAUCAUGUGCUCAUUCUGUAAUUUGUACAGUGAUGAACAAUACCUUAUAAAGUAAAAAGCAGAUUUUUACAGUUUCAGAAGGUUAAUAUCAAGUUUAUGACAUUUUUAUUUUUUACUGUCAAUUUUACAGAUUUUUUUUUUUUUACAGUGCCAUUGUGGUCAUGUAAAUUACAACAGUUUUAAACUGUAAAAUUUACAGGUUGUUCUGUAAAGUUGUUUAAAUUUUUACUGCAUUUUUUACAUAAUUAUUCUGGCAACCACAGCUGCCAUUGUUUUUUUUUUUUUUGGUAAAAACAACAGGAUUUCUUGUACAGUGUGUAUUCUACCUGUAGUAACUGAUUAUCGAUUGUUUUACCUGUAUCUGUUAUUUUUUUCUCAGUUUGUUCUGUUUCUCUGUUUCUUGAGUUUGUAUUCAUCUUUUGAACCUCUUGAGUGUAGCCUGUUUAAUUGUUCUUGCAACUUUCAAUUUCCAUGAAAAAACUCUUGAAUAAAAUUUAUGCUUAAAAGAAUAUUCCAGGUUAGAUACAAGUUAAGGUCAAUUAACAGCAUUUGUGGCAUUAUGUUGAGUACCACAAAAAAUAUUUUUGCAUUUCUUUUUUUUUU